GGGAAACAGCCAAAGGAACCAGAGGCGGCUGAGGACGAAAUCCUGCAAAUGCCUGCACCGUGCAGGCAUCGCCGAGAAGGAGGGGAAGGUGGGGUUUCCCCUCACCAGGCGACCUCUGCACCUGUUGACAGCCCGGCGUUCGUCCCUUGCAGCUGAACAGCGGCUACGUCCUGGAUUUCUCCGCUGACCGUCUUGCUCAGGAGGCUCCGUCUUUCAGAAAUCUGUGAAGUUUGAACAAGCAGCCUUCCCAAGAUGUACCGAAUAUCUCGACUGAUGUCAACACCGGUGGCAAGUCAAUGUUUCUCCGGGUCCGAGAGAGAAUCUGCUGGAGAGCUGUCUCCCACGUGCAUUUUCCCAAGCUUUGCCUGUGAUUUCCUGGCUGGUGACGGUUCCUUUGACUGCUGCUCCCUAGAUCCCCUGACAGGCUCCUACCUUCCCUGUCGCCGGAGUCCCAGGCUCCUCACCAACGGCUACUACAUUUGGACAGAGGACAGUUUCCUCUGCGACAGAGAUGGCAACAUCACGCUGAGCCCAUCCCAGACCAGUGUGAUGUACAGGGAGAACUCAGUUAGAAUAUUUAGGAAGAAAAAGAGGAUCCGCCGCUCUUUCCCUUCUCUCCUCCGCCUCGGCACCCCUAGAUCCUGGCUGCGGGGAAGCAUCUUCGCUGAUGCUGACUCGUCCCCGGGCCAGGCCAGCUGGCUGGAGGGAGCCAGCAGCCCGGACGCGCAGCCUUGCAGUGACAGUGGCGGUGAUUUUGACUGUGUGCUGACUGAUGACUGGGCGUCAGAGCGGCUGGAGGCAGAGUCCAUGGCAGCCUCCUCCCCGGGCCACGUCACGCCUGAGACUCCCGGAGAAGACUCCCUCCGAGGGGCCCUGCAGCCCCGGGGGAUGGCUGCGGAGCAUCUCCAAGGGGAUAUUUUGGAUCAUUCAAAAACCAGUUUGUUGGAAGAGAUCUCCUUUCAGACCGUUCUGCUUGCUGCAUGCUUGGCCAUGUCUGCAUGCGCAAGGUGGCUGCUGGGAGGACUGGUAGCCGGUGUCUUCACGUGCUCCUUGACCAUCACGAUUGCCUAUGUUGUCAAGUCCCUGCUGCUCAGCCUUGCCAGCUACUUCAACACCGGCCCCUGCGCUCGGCGUCAUCCACACACGCUCUUGCCUUUAAGACCUAUGAAAACAAGGACUUCUGACUUCACUUUUGUAUCCAUCUCAACGCCUUGAAAAUGGUUUGCCAAAAUUUGACAGCCAUUCAGGAGUGCCUGUGAUGAAUGUCUUCAAUCUGAAUCUCCGGAAAUCGUCCCAUUUCCAGUCUGCUUGGAAUCAACUGCUUUACUGGAAGGGAGUGAGCGACUGGAUACUCGAGAAAAGCCAUUUUCAUUGGGUUAUGUGUGU